AUGCCCUUCCCACUGCUAACAUUGGUAUUCCUGGCUGUGGUCGAUGCUCAUGUGGCACUCACGUUCCCCGAAGCGCGGUAUCCUGCACUUGAUUUCCUCGACACUUCGAGAACCAUGGGACCAUGCGGAGUGCCUAAACCACGAAAAGGUGUCGCACAAUCACAGAAAGCUCACAUUACUCGCCCUUGUUCACAGUGUACUAUUAUUUUGGAACGGCAGGCACUUGAAUGGGGAAAGAGUUACCGCUUGCGGACCUGCGCAGACGUCAAUGUGCUUGAAACAAUAUCUGGUACGAAAUUAUCAACUAACUGUCAUCACGACGACGAGUGUCUCAACGGAGGUAAAUGUCUGCCUGAACCAAAUUCGAUCGUCAUUGCCAGCUGCUACUGUUCUUACGGAUUUUUCGGCAACAAUUGUGAAUUAUCUUUCAAACGGGAACCGGACAACUGUUUUGCGUACGAAAUGGUGGAUGAGCAACGCUUCGACAUGUACGGAAUGUUCAGUUCAUCCUGCUACAAUCGGGAAAAGCUUGCUGACGAUGAUUUUGUAUAUUAUCGUAAAGUGAAGAGCGAUGUCGAAAUUAUCCUGGAUUAUGCGACGACAUCAUGGGUUUCUAUAGGAUGGCGACCGGAGGUUCUUGAUAGAUCAUGUCGACUGUUCCCUGAUCUCGAGGGUACGUACCGACUGCACAGUGGUGAAUUCGCCUUCGAUCGUGAUCAUCCGCCAACACGAAUCGCACAAGAGGGACCACGACCCACCAUGCCACAUGAUAACGGACUAUCGGAGUCGGCCCUGAAUGCACCACUGCACGCUAUGGAUUGUAUCGACAUCUUGAUUGGGGCCGUACGAGAUGGUCGUACUCGCGUUCAGGAUUCAUACUCCCGAGAUCGAUCUACGCCCCUAGAGGACUUUUGGUACGAAGGUGAGAUGUCAUUAGUAGGGACAUAUGGACGAGAACUAGACGGACGAACGAUUGUUAUGUUCCGAAGACCGAUGCAAGAGAUCGAACCCACUGAUCAUCCAUUAGGCCCGGGACGGCUGUUUGUCGUGUCGGCCAAAGGUCAACAACAAGGCGCCUACUCACAUGGUGCGCCAUCGGCACUCGAAGUCGCCCAUACUGUCGAAUUGUUCUAUAUGGACGAUAUUCUAAAAUACCAUGGAGGUAUGUAUCUUUGUUUUUAG